ACGCGGCCGCGGGGCGCAUGCGCGGGGCGGCACCGGCCCCGACCCACACACCGACACUGGCACCGACACCGGGUCAUACACCGACACCGACCCACACACCGACACCGGCCCCGACACCGGGUCAUACACCGACACCGACCCACACACCGGCACCGGCCCCGACACCGGGUCAUACACCGACACCGACCCACACACCGGCACUGGCACCGACACCGGGUCAUACACCGGCCCCGACCCACACACCGACACUGGCACCGACACCGGGUCAUACACCGACACCGACCCACACACCGACACCGGCCCCGGCACCGGGUCAUACACCGACACCGACCCACACACCGGCCCCGGCACCGGGUCAUACACCGACACCGACCCACACACCGGCACCGGCCCCGACACCGGGUCAUACACCGACACCGACCCACACACCGGCACCGGGUCAUACACCGACACCGGCCCGGCCAUGGCGGAGCCGCUGCGGCCCUUCCGCCUGCGCGGGUGCGGCGGCCCGCAGAAGUUCGGGGUGGCGGCCGGGAGCCUGCGCGCCUUGCUGAGGAAGGGCUGCCGGCUGCUGCAGCUUCCCUUGGCAGGCAGCCGCCUGUGCCUCUACGAGGACGGCACGGAGCUGACCGAGAGCUACUUCCGAGCGCUGCCGCCGCAGACGGAGCUGGUGCUGCUGGGCCCCGGGGAGAGCUGGCGGGGCUGUGAGUGCGGGGCCGGGCGGGGGGCGCGGGGGCAGCGCCGGCCCCGGGGCUCAGCCGGUGCCGCCUCACCUGCCCCAGGUGCCAGCGACAUCGAGCGGCUCCUGGCCGCGUUCUGCAGCCAGCAGGGCGCUGUGGUGGAGGCUGCGCGGAGGCUGCUGACGGACGAGCGGGCUCCCCGCAGGCAGAAGCUGCUGGCGGAUCUCAUCCACAACCUGAGCGAAAACAUCCUGGCCGAGGACAAGGAAGACGACAAGAAAUGGUUUGAAGGGCUGGAGUCUCGGUUCAAGAACAAAUCCAGCUACCUGCGGCAUAGCUGUGAGAACAGAAUGCGGGGCUACAUGAGAGAGGUUAGUGGUUUUAUUUCAAACGUUCAUCCUGCAGCACGAGAUGCCUACAGAGGGAUAAUCGACCUGAUGGCAGAUAAACUGAAAUCUGUGAAGUACAACGGGUGCUACUUUGACAGAAGGGAGGAGGAGGAGGCAGCACGCCUGUGCACAGCAGAGGGGUGGUUCUCCUGUCAGGGACCUUUUGAUAGAGAUGACUGCCCGUGUAAGCAUUCCAUCAACCCCUACAGCAACAGGGAAAGCAGGAUCCUCUUCAGCACCUGGAAUCUCGAUCAUGUAAUUGAGAAGAAACGUGCUGUUGUCCCAGAACUGGCAGAAGCUGUCAAAACACGAGACGGGAGAGAAGUGAACUGGGAAUACUUCUAUCAGCUGCUGUUUACCCUGGAUAAUUUAAAACUCGUACAUAUUGCUUGCCAUAAGAAAACCAAUCAUAACCUCAGCUGUGACAAAACCAGAAUUUACAGAAAGAGGAAGCAAACCCAUGAGAUUUCCUAGUGCUGUGUCUGGAAGGGACCUGCUGCAUUUCUCAAUCAUGUCAGUCUGUUGUUUUUAAAUAGCUCCAAUUUCUUGAAUAAGAACAAUUUGAGAAUCCCUGGCACAGGACUAGCUGGGUAACCCAAGCAGAGCCUCACAAAGCACACUCCAAUAUCCCAUUUAAUUAUCCUCUCCUGCCUUCCCAUUCCUUACAAGCUUCCCUCAGCUCAAAUCAAGUGUGAUAAAGGUACAAAAUGAGUCGGAGGCUGACUCUGAUUCUACCCUGUCAUCUUUGGCCAGCAUUGGCCCAAAACUCACAGUACACAGAAAUGAAACUUGAACAAAACAUUUUUUCUACUAAUCAACCUGCAGGGGCUCACAGACUCCUAUUUCUCUGGAGCUUAAGGCAAACAAAGAAAGAUUUAGGAUCAUGUUUUAUCUGUGCCUUUUGCAGGUAGCUGCAGGAAUGUCAAAGGUUCAGCAACAGAGCUGCCACCUCCCUGUGCCAAACUUCUGCCCUCAUCCCCACCUGUCCCUUUGCCAUUGCUUCAGACAGACAUCUCCUAGAAAGAAGAGCAAGGCCAUGGCAUUUUUUUUUUUUUGCUUUUUCCACCUUUGUUUGCCAUCUUCUCUGCUGAUUUCCCUCUCCUUUCUAACACUUUCUGCUUCCAGCUUGAGUUUGCUUGACACACCACCAGUAAGGACAGCUAUAAUGAUCAUGUUUACAGUAAUGUUUACUUACUGCCUUGGAGAAUAUUGUUUUGGUAAAACAUUUCCUACCUCAGGAAACAAAUCAGGAAUAGUUCAAUUUUUUUACUUGAAUUUUUUGUUUUUAAUACCAGCUGAUAGCAACUAAACUUUUGGGAUUGUCAAUGUAAAUUGUGUGAACAUUUUAAAUAAAAAAAAUGCCCCCA